AUGGACCCCGCCACCGACCUGGAGGCCCGCAGCACUGGCAACGGCACUGGCCAUGAUGAUGGUGUAGGCGGAGCCAGCAAUGGCUCAGGCACCAAGCUCACGACUCCCACGAAUGCCGUCGGGACGGCUGCCAAUGGCCCGCCGAGCUCUGACGAUGACGACGCCGCGCACGACGACUCGGACACGUGGGCAUCUGCCGUUACCAGUCCGGCGUCCAUCACUUCGCCCCCAUAUUGGACGAACAGCCACUCCCACCAAAGGUCCAUAUCCAACAUGUCGGCCGAGUCGGUCCUGCCGGCAGGCGCCAUCACCAUGCAAGAUCACGAGGUCAGCGACCCCGACCAUCGCAAUAAGGCUUGUUGGGCGAAGAGCGUCGAGAUUGUUGAUCACGUUGUGAUCAACGGCAGCGCGACCAACAUCGGUGCCUUUGUGGUUUGGAAUAUCAAAGUCGAGACGCUGCGGGGAAGUUAUAUGAACAUCCGCAAGCGCUACUCCGAAUUCGACGAUCUGAGGGAGAAGCUGAUGAUGACAUUUCCACACUUUGAGGCUGCCGUUCCGCCUCUCCCACCGAAAAGUGUGAUAUCGAAGUUCAGACCCAAGUUCCUCGACAAGCGGCGGCAGGGCCUCCAAUACUUCCUCAACUGUAUUAUGCUCAAUCCCGAGUUCUCUGGGUCUCCGGUGCUCAAGGAUUUUCUUUUCUCGUGA